ACCAUGCUUAGUGGUAUUGGUACUUAAUUUGCAUAUUGUUUGCCUAUAUUCUAGGAAAAAUUCUUAAUGGAUCUGUGACCAAGAUAAAUUUUCAACAUAAUGUGAUUAUAGAAAAAACAUACUAUGGCUGAUUAUUAGAAAGAGAUAACAAUUCACUCUCUUCAAGUGUGAGGUCUUUCUUCUUUUCUGUGUCUAGAUCAAAUUUUAAACUGCCAGAAUGAAACCACCUUCCUGGCUUUGUCAUUGACCCAAAAUAAGUCAUUAUCGCUACAUGUUUCUGGUAGUAGUCAACAUACUAGCAGAUGGUCCGGGCUCUGUGUCUGUCCACAUUCACAUAGUGUGUUGUUAUCCGCUAAGAGUCUCCAUUUGAGCAUAUUGGUUUUACAUUUAGGCAGUCCAACUCUCAACCUAUUCAUAGUCAUCCAAGUAGUAUAAGGAAGGACAGAUCUUUCAGCCACAUUCUCCUUUAAUGUUAUUCCUUGCUUGAUAGUCUCCAUCUUUUAAUUUGAUUUCAUUCUUGUGUACCCUUAAGAAUGUUUGUUCUUGCCAUAAAACUGUUCCUAGAUCUGAGUCAGCUUUAUGAGGACUUUAUAACACUCUAAAAAAUUAUCUUCAAGCAUAUUUCAUUUCUUGUUCUCCAUAAGUGGCAAGACAUAAGGAAUGGGCUAAAAUCACAUUUUCCUUUGUGCAAUGUCUAAAGUGACUGUAGGGACUGUGGUCAGAGAUAAUACCGAAGACACAUUUUGUUGUGUGAGUUCUUUACCAGUAUGAAUUGCUAAUCUAAGAAAAUGUAAAUGAGAAAACGUUUGGUAAUUAGUAAUUUAACUUUGAUGGAUUACAAUUGAAUAAUCACAUUCCUGUGAAACUUUAUCAUAGCUGCAAAUUAUACUAUGGCUUAAAAUAAGAGUGGAUUGGCAAUACAUGAAAAUGUAAUAGCUUUCAAGUAUCAGGAGAAAACUAUAGUCCACCUCUGCCAUCUUGUGCCCAAGGUUGGAACAAGUCUUGCCAUCAAGCAAAAUUGAAGAUAAAACAAUUUAAAACAUUCACACUGGGCAUAACAAUAAAACUACAAAAUAACAAUUGGAAUCUAUCAAGCAGGACAACUGAUUGAAUUUGCCAACUGUGACAAUCCCUGGCAAAUCUGAUCAAUUUAGUUGGCUAUAUACUACACAAUUUGCCAUGCGAACUAGUCACAGUGGCAAAGUGGGAGCAGUAGGAAAAGAGAAAUGAGUAUAGAUCAGGAAAAAGGAGUCUUUCAAAUUUCAUUAAGAUUCUGUAUCUUUUUCUGAAUAAUUUUAGCAUUUAUUAUCCUAAGAUUAAUAUAAAUAUUUAGCACAGAAAUGUGCUAAAUUGGACUUUUUUAGGUUUCAGUACUGGAACAAGUACUAAAGUAAUAAAGCUUGCUUCUCUGCCUCUGAAAAUUGCCAAUCUCUUAAUACCAGGUAAUCACGAUUGUUUUAUGGUUCAGGAUACUACUGUCCAUUUUGAUUAGAUUAAGCCUUGAUUUAAAAUUAAGCUUUAAUAUUUAAUAUGGAUUAAUACCACUGAUAUUUUAAAACAUAUUAUUAAAGCAAAAUUUAAAGUUUGAUUUUCACUGUUAAUGGCAACUUGCUCUACAUGGUUUAUUUGAAUUGCUUUCUCUUCUUUCUCUCUUUUUUUACCCACUACAGAGAAGCUCUCUCAGGUAAAAUGGCCAAGUGUUAUUACAAGUAAUCACUUCAACCAUUCUUGUCUUCACAUCCUUUUUACGUCAUGGGACCUGAUGGCGGUUUCCUAAGUACUGGAGUGCUUCAUAUCAUUGUAUGGGGUAGCUUGGGAGCCAUGGCAAUGCUUCUGGUAUUUAGUUUUCUCCUCUUUCUCUGCACUGGCUGUGACAGGGAGAAGAGUCCUGAGCAGCAAAAUGGGGACCAUGAAAAUCUGAUGAAUGUGCCUUCAGAUAAAGAGGCAUUUAGUCACUCUGUCACAAGUCUGGCUACAGAUCCAAUUGCAAGCAGUGAACAAAAUGGUGGAAUUAGUAAUGGAGAUGUUCUAUCAGAAGAUAGUACAGCUGCUUCUCUCCAACCUUAUGAAGAAGUGCAAACCUCUGUUACAGAUCUUUUGGAUCAACAGGACACAUUGGGUAGAUCUUUAAAAUGUCAUCAAAGCAGAGAGCUACCUAGAAUUCCUCCAAAUAAUGCCAUGGAAACAAUUCUCACCACAAGAAAUGUAGAAAAUGACCAGAGUCUUGGAAUGGAGGGGCCUUAUGAAGUGCUGAAAGAUAGUUCCUCCCAAGAGAACAUAGUAGAAGACUGCUUGUAUGAAACAGUGAAGGAAAUUAAGGACCUGGGAGCAGCAGCCAACUCAGAGAAAUGCAAACCAAAGACUACUGUAAUGGUUAAUGGAAUUUUAGAUCAUGUAUUUGAAAAGAAGACAGAAUCAGCGGAAUAUGCAUCCGUUGACAGAAAUAAAAAAAGUUGCCACAGUGUUAAUUCAGAGAGUCCUCUUAGCAGUACUACUCCAGAUGUGGAAGAAGAAGCUCCACCUCCUGUGCCAAUAAAACUUCUUGAUGAAAAUGAGAAUGUACAGGAUAAAGGAGCCAAAGAAGAGGAGGAAGUAAUGGAAAGGCUUAAUGAACCCGACAAGAGACUUAGUUCAUUGAUUUAUAAAUCUCGAGAAGAUGACCCAUCUCUUACAGAAGAUGAGAUUUCAGCAAUGUAUUCUUCUAUAAAUAAAACAGGACAACCCUCUAGAGACUUGGAAUCUACAUAUACCUGUAUUCCUGAACUUGUACCUCAGAAGUCUCCAUCUAUUUGCAGUGGCCUCUAUGCCAGUGUGAAGGACUUGGAAACCAAUCCAAACCUUACUGAUUUGCCUCAGUCAACAAUACUUCUGAAUGGGGACUUGGAACCAGACUAUGAAGCCAUUCAGACUCUAAGUCGGGAGGAGGAAAGAAAUGUUUUGAUGUCUAGCACCAUUCAAUCCAUCCUCCCACAAGAAAAUGACUAUGAGAGUAUUGGUGAUUUGCAGCAAAAUAAACAUGUCACCAGGCUUUAACUGAUUCAAAUGCAAGACUUUGGAAUAUGCUGUUCAGUGGAUCUUUCAAGAUGGGUUUACUCCAUGACUUAUCACUUGCAAACUUAACACACAGUUGG